AUGACGAAUGCUAUCAAAGCAGUUGAAGAAGAGGGGUUGACAGUUAGACUUGCAGCGGAGCUAUAUGGCAUUCCCAAAUCAACACUUUAUGACAGGAUCAGGGGAAAUGUUCAACAUGGAACUAAACCUGGCCCAGUGCCGUAUCUUACAAAAGAAGAAGAGGUUAUUUUGGCUAAGUUUUUAAUCAAAUGUUCUCAGAUUGGAUUUCCCCGCACAGUUUCAGAAGUUCUUGCACUAGUAAGACAAACAAUUCAGUCAAAGGGUUUAAGUGACGUCUCAAUUUCUUAUGGAUGGUGGCAGAAAUUUUGUAGCAGGCACAGUGAAUUAUCACUUCGUACUGCUGUGCCUUUAAGUCUUUCGAGAGCCAUGGCCACUGAUAAUAGUGUCAUACAAAAGUAUUUUGAUAUACUUGAAGAUACACUUAAAGAAAAUUCUCUAUUCAACAAUCCAACUCGCAUAUUCAACUGUGAUGAAACAGGACUCCCAUUGAAUCCUAAAUCUUUGAAAGUUGUGAGUGGUCGUGGAGCUAAGAAUGUCAGUCAAAUCACUGGAGAAGAGAAGUCUCAAAUCACAGUUCUGGCAUGCACUUGUGCAGCUGGAGUACCGUUGCCUCCAUUUGUAAUAUUUGAUCGUAAGACCUUUAAUGAUCAGCUAAUGGUAGGAGAAAUACCAGGUACACUUUACGGCUCAUCUCCAAAUGGAUGGAUCAGUAGAGAGCUGUUUUUGUACUGGUUUCGUAAGCUGUUUUUAACAAGUGUUCCUAGGGUACGUCCUCUCCUUCUCCUGAUGGAUGGUCAUUCUACUCAUUAUGGUCCUGACCUUAUCAAGAUAGCAGCUGAAGAGCAAAUUUUAAUAUUUGUAUUGCCACCCAAUACCACUCAUUUAACACAGCCACUUGACAAAGGGUGUUUUGGGCCAUUAAAAACUGCUUGGAAGGCUGUGUGUCAUGAGUUCUGCACUAAAAACCCUGGUCGAGUG